AUGGCUCCCAUCGACAACGAUCUGUAUGACUAUCCCCGGCCCCGGCCCGGCGCCCUUCACCCCGGGGACAGCUGCAUCGACCUGUCUAGCGAGCUGAACAGGUCAUAUCCCGACGCCGGCCUGUCGAUGCUGCUGGGCACGCUGGGCGUCCAGCCCUAUGGGCUGGGUAAUGUGUGCCCGGAGACGCAGGUCCACGAUGUGGUCAUCGUCAGCCUGGAGAUGAUGGCCUGCCCGCGGAACCCGUCCAACAUCAUCAUGGGCAUAUCCACCAUGGACCUGAGGCGCAUCCACCAGCUCGUCCUGACGGGGGACCUCAAGUCAUCCAGGAGGUUCCCGGCCCCGAUCAUCUCGCACAUGUACUACCUCUCGGACGAGGGGUCGGGCACCACCACCCCGCGUCCGCCCCCCUCGUCGCAGUUCUGCGAACGCUUCUGCACCGGAGUCGAGUCAACCGUGGACCUGGGCGCCCUGGACCGCAUACUGGACGAUGUCGUCGACCAGGGCCGCGACUACAUCCUCGUCACGUCCACACCGGCGGCUGAGGCCGAGGCCAGCAACUACUUGGACCACAUCACCUCCCGUGACUCCAGGAAGCCCCUCGCCGUCCUCUGCGUCGGCAGCAUGGCGCCCCUCCUCAGAUUCCCGGACCCAGCACUCGGCCCGGCCCUCACGAGCGCCCUAAACACCGCCGACAUCUACCGCCACACCGAGCUCGGCUACAUGGCCCUCCGCAUGGCCCUGCACACUCUCAGGGUCCCUCACCUGGACGAGUUUAAUCCGGGGGACCUGUCCGGCUACGUCAUCCGCGCCCUCCUCAGUAUCGUGGUCCGCUGCUGCUCGCCCGAGACGACGAGAGGCCCCGGAUAUCCCGGCGCCCCUGGCGAGCCGACCCCCGUGGUCCUCCAGAUCAUCUCCAUGAUUGCUCACCACAGCCCAUUCGUGGCCCGCGACGGGCUGAACAACAGCUGGUGGGCGGUGGAUGGAACCAAGCUCCCCAGCGGCCACGAUGGAGACUUUGACGGCGCAGACCGCCGCCCUGCCGAUCAGCUCUGGCCCGACGAGCACGACUACGAUGACCCCCAGCUCGAGUCUCGAUGGCCGUCUGCACAUGAUACUUCCGGCAGCGGCUACAGCCCUGAUGCCUAUGAACCUCCCGUCCCUGACGUCAUUAGCCGACGGGAGGAGCGGAGGCAAGAGCAGGAGCAGGAGCAGGAGCGGGAGGACCACAGCCAGUCCAUUCCUGGCCAACAAGUCCCAGACACCGAAGUCGACGCGGAAGAGCCUGAUUCUGGACAUGAGCACGGAGGCGAUAGCCACGGCCCGACCUAUCCCGAGGCCGCCGUCAAUCACGACCCCCUGUACUUCCAUCCUAACCGUUUCCUGCGCAGGGCUAAUGCCGAGGCCGAGGGGAGUGCUGCUCGCCAAGACACAGAGACCAUUACUGCUGGCGAGGUCGCAAAUAUCCCCACUACCUUCGACCCCACCGACAUGGUCUACGCGUGCUAUCCCGGCGUUGGCACUGCCGGAUACCAUGCUUCCAACGGCAUCUUUACUUCUGUUCGAGACCAGCCCCAAGAGGAGGGCUCCGGAGAGGACGUUGCCGACCUUGAAGAAGAUUCUGAACAAGACUUCGAAGAAGGCUCUAGCGAGGUCGACGAGAACGGCUACAUCCUCAGAAGCUCUCUGCCCCUCUACCAGCAGCACCACACCGACGUGGCCGCGCUUCCGCCACGGCUAUCACCGCCAACGCCAUUCAACGACGACGACAGCAGCAAUGGCAGCUCCACGGCCCCCGGUCAAGAUCAUGAUCAUGGCCAGGGCCAGGGCCAGGGCCGAGGUCAGAGAGAGCCCUACCGCCACCCGGCAACACCAAACGGCUGGGUCCACAUCGCCACCAAGAGGACCCUCACCAGCCCCCAGGGGUACUACUCCAUCUUCACGGACUGGGACUACGACGGUCUGACCGAGGUAGGCUGGUCCCACACCGACAUGCACUCCACCCUCGCCUCCGACCUGGAACACCGCAGCCCCCCCUUCACCCCCGGGGGGGACGCGCUGUUCCUCACCAACAACUCUGUCAUGACAUCGGUCGUCGACGGCGUCGUCAUGUACUUUACCGGCAUCAACCGGGGUCCCAACCCUACUGCCGUUGCUGCCACGAAUACUGUCCAGGCUGGUACUGCCAACGCCGAGUUCGCCGCCGCCGCCGCCGCCGCCGCCACGAAUGCUGCUGCUAAUGCCGACGACGAUGCUGAUGCUGACGCUGAUGCUGUCGUGGCUGCUGUCCUGUUCGAUGGCGAAGUUGAUAGCGAGGAGAAUGUUGAUGUUCCUCCCGCGGGUGGCAGGUUCUCAGAGUAUGACAUCCCACCGGGUCUGUGGCCCCGACGGGCAAUUACGCCUCCUCCCAUGCGUCAGUACUUUCCUCGUUUGUGA